AUGAUUUUAUACAAGUUGGCAGUUUUAGGAGAUUGCGGUGUUGGAAAGAGUGCUCUAGUACGCCAGCUGUGUAAUAUAUACGGCGCAACUUUUCAGAGAGAUUUAUCCAUAAAUGCAAUAAUUGAGGAUCAACCUUGUGUGGUAGAAGUGUUAAGUACAUCAGGGAUAGAAGAAUAUAUAGGACUUCGUGAUCAGUAUAUUAGAGAUGCAGACGGGUUUCUUCUAGUAUACUCUUUAAUAUCACGUCCAACAUUUGAACGAAUCGAAAGACACAAGGAUCAUAUAAUGAGGAUAAAGGACUCUGGAAAAGUUCCGAUGAUCCUUGUAGGAAAUAAAUGCGACAAGAUUGAUAAAAGAGAAGUGUUAAGGGAAGAAGGAAUGAAUAUGGCCAAAACGUUGGGUUGUGAUUUUAUUGAAACCUCCGCAAAAACUUGUGUUAAUGUUGAAAGAUCUUUCUGUACAGCAGUACUAAUGAUAAUGCUUAACAUAGAAAGCAAGAAGUACGAUAAAAGGAAUAAAAAGAAAACGAAAUGUUUAAUUUCGUAA